AUGGCUUGUUGCCUAUGUUUGCGGGGAUUAGGAUGGUUGGCCUCCCGCAUAAGUAUGGUAGCUAAAGGGGUAACCGAAGAGUUGGGGGAGCAACUCAAUAAUGAUGAUCGCGAUGUUGCAGACCUCUGGAAAGAUGCUAUCAAGAGCUAUCAGAGCAUUGUUGGUUUCGACCUUCAACGCAAGUUUGACAACGUGCAGUCUAUGCUUGAUUUUGGAACUGACCAAAUGAACAACUUCCACAAGUUCAGACAUGACAAGAGCAAAGUCGAUCGCUUGAGGACUUUAUUCUCUGCCAACUUGGACUUGGUGGAGAAGGGUGCCAACCAGAUUAUUGCUGCUGCAUCACCAGCUUUCCCACCAGCGGCUGCCAUAGGAACGGCCUUGACCUACAUGCUUCAGGCUUGUCGCUCUGUCUCGGCCGACUACGAUAUAGUCAUUGUCUUUUUUGAGGAUAUGAACAGCUUCCUCAGUAGAAUUACUAUUCUAGAGACAAGACUGCCUCAACAUAAGGCUUAUCAGAAUUGCUUGAUGGAUGUUUUUACUUCACUGCUUACCAUGUGCGGUUUCGCACACAAGUACAUCGAGCUUGGACGUUUCAAGAAAUGGAUCUCCAAUUUAUUCAAAGGCGACGAUGGAGAACUAAGUGGUGCGCGCGCCAAGAUGGACAAAAACAUAAAACAUCUCCAGCAAGCUACUGAGUUUGCCAUCCUUGGUAAUACCGAAGAGACUCGUGCAAUGACGUCUCAGCUGGACGCGAACCAAAGAAACCAUGCUGAGAUGCUCCAGCGAGUCGGUCAUACCAUCGACACCAUUCACGAGAACACGGAGAACAUCAGGGGUGAUAUUGCAAAACUCUUGAAGCUCUUUGGUGGGCAGAAGCAGCAAGAAAAGUCCCAAGAGAAGCCUCAGACCAACAAACCGCCCUCUGGUAACAAGGUCCGGAACUUCAUGCUGAUAGUGUAUAACGAUGACCAAGAAUACAAAAGCUUGAAAGAGACACUCCUUCCAGAUUCAUGCAGUUGGAUCUUCGCACAGCCUGAGUGGGAAGAUUGGCUGAAGUUGCCCGAGGCCAAACGCCCAAUCCUUGCACUUGCAUCGGGACCUGGUACUGGCAAAAGUCACAUGGCCGCUGCAGUGUAUGACAAGCUUGCUCAGAGGGCUAAGCAGGAUGAAACUGGACAUACUUGUGUUGGACACUUCUAUUUUCGCGAACAGGAGGACACUUACAGGUUCUUCCUCUGCGGUAUCAUCACUGUGAUCAUCCAGAUUGCGGAAUCCAAUAACAUUGUUUGCGAGAAGCUGAGCGCUCAGAUAUCGAGAGACGACCUAUCUAUCGAUAACAAGAAGUGGCAAGAUUUGGUUAAGCAUCUUCUAGUUGCUGUCUUUGGACCCGAGUCCAAUUUCAAUCUCUCUAUCGUCCUUGAUGGUUUGGAUGAGCUGUUUGAUUGGGACAGUUUCAAGGAAUUCUUAUCCGACUUUAUCAACGACAAAGGCCUCAAAAUCUCGCUCGUAGUGACCUCGCGACCUGAUCGACUGAAGGACAUUCCUCAAGGUACAAAUUUGGUCGAGGUACAAGCGACUAAGGAAAAGCAAAGUCAGGAUUUCAAGGCCUUGAUCUGGAGCCACCUCAACUCGCUCAACAACCUCAGAAGGUUCAGUCGUUAUAUCAAACAGAGGGUUGCUGAUAAUAUUGAAGAAGAUUCCCCCAACAUGCUAUAUGCCCAACACCUCCUUGUUCGCUUCGAUGAAUUAGGCCGUGAGGGUGCAGUUCUUCGAGCACUCAAAGACAAGAAACCAGAAGAUCUUACCGGCAUCUACGACAUUCUUCUUGCUGAAUGUCAGCGUCGCCUACCAGAUAAGCACCAACGAGUUGCCGCCUCAUUGCUUCAUUGGGUCGCUUUCUCUAAGAGACGCUUAUCGCUUAGCGAAGUUCAAUUGCUUGUCAAGCACAUUGCACAAGACGAUGAAUUUACUAUCGAAGAAAUGCCUGAGCUAUUCUCCAAAUUCCUGAGAGUCGGCGGUGGCGGCUAUGAUCCUGAAGUAGACGCCAAAAUCGCGGCCAGCAAGGUUACUGCAGUCCAAGAUGUUAAGCAGGAGGAGGACAACAAUCAUGACCGUAUUUACGAUGAUGGUCCACUUCCAAUUACUUUCAAGGAACGUUCCAUAAGACUAUAUUUCACUAACAGCUCUAAAAACGCAGGCAAGUUUAGAUGGGGACCUUCAGAGGCACAUCGAACCAUGGCCAUGGCAUGCGCUGAGUUUCUACGUACUAUCGAAGAUGAUCAGAACAAGCUGAAGGCUCGUGCCACGUCUUUUCAAGAUCACUUCAACAAUAUAGAGAUAGACCAGCACACACAUAAAGAGCAAAUCGAGGCUCUUGAAGUUUGUGCGGAGGUUUUAUCUAACAAGACGGGGAUAGCCAAGAUGCUCAGCAAGGCCAAUGCCAUUUACAAUAAUCGUGCAUUGGUUUGCGCAACCCACGACAAGCUGGCGAAGUGGUACAAGCUCCUGGAAAAGCCAGAAAUCAGACAGAAUCUCAGCAACUUUUCAGUUGAAUGGUGGGAACGCGUUGGGGCUGAUCCCUCAUCUUGCCGCUUCGGUGUAGCCAAGGGCUUUUUACGUGAAUUGUAUGAAGCGCCGGACACAUCAACCUCUAUUGAGUCGUGGAAACGCCUGCGAGAUCUUCUCCAUAUGAGUGGCUUAGAAAACCUGCUUAUGGACCAAGCCGUAAUCAACUUUCCUGAUGAAUGUAAAGACAAGGACACCUAUGAUGAGAAUAUCGCUAGUCUGGGAGUUCUGAAUCUCUUUGGUGACGAGAUCAAGCCCGAUGCAGCAGCACAUCGUGCUGUCUCAGAAGUUCUUCACUCGUGCGACCUCAUGGGACCUGCUGAGACAAUCUGCAAACGCGCUUUGGAGCUUUGUAAUCCUGGCCACCAGGAGUGGUAUAAGAUCUCCAACGGUUUAGUCGGUAUCCUGUUGCAGCGGAAGAAGAAGAAGGAAGCGCACGAGGUAGCAAUCGCUGCAGUUAACCAACUACCGACCAACGAAAUGCCUCCUUCGCUCCAACGAACCGUCCAUACUGCAUGUGCCAGAGCGCAAUGGGAACUGGGCAACUCAGAACCUGCGCUAGAAUCCUACUCCAAGGCUAAAGCCAGCGACCCAGAUGGAAUUACCCCUGGUGAGGAUCUUUCUGCCGAGCUCACAGUGGUCGAGAGAAGAGAGGACAAGACAGACUACAUUCAGAAGCUCAAGAAUUGGAGUCUCCUUGAGAGAAUUACCUGGCUCGCGUCAGAGUUCAUCUAUGUUGCAGAGGAGAAACUGGAUAUGUUCUGCGAUAUCGCUUGUGAGAGAGGGGAACAGGACUUUAUUGUAAGUUUCUACGAAGAAGCAAUUGAGUUCCUAGACAAUCUGGAUGCUUCUACACCUCUACGACUCCAUCUCGCACGCAUCUACUUUGAAGUGUGUCGAGACCCUCAAAAAGCAAUGGAAAUUCUCGAUGAGAUAUUCGAUAUUCACUCAACGGCCUACAGGUACCCCAUUCUGGGUGGAACUGCUCUCUGGCUGAUGGACAGUCUCCUUGAUACGAUGGCGAACGUUCAGCAGGCACUAUUCCGCCAAUCUCGAGAUCCUGCGUACAAAGCGGAACGAAUUGCUUCAUUGGCUAGCCUCGAUCAACGACCGUUCAUAGUGAACAUUCCACGAACUUCUGUCUCCUGGACCAGUGCUCAUAGAGUGUCACUGGCCUACAUGUAUCUGGUCAUGGGACCCACGGUCAAAUUCCAGGAGACUAUGCAGUCUCUGCUGAAAGACUGUUUCGCUGGUCUUAAUGAUUCUGUUGGAUGGAAUGAUGCAGCGUUUCUCAUUUUGCUAGCACAACUGUUGGGUCUCAUGAGUAAGGCGCUGCAUGGCGACGAGAAACUACGCAGAUAUGCUCGAAUUGUGGGUUCUGCCAUGUUCUCGCGACUAAGUAAAAGCGACGACGGUGAAGAGAAUGCGGUCGAGGAUAAAGUCGCUGUUAAAAGUGAAAGCACGGAUAAAUCUCAGGAGGAGGAGAAGGUCAUCGCAAAGAUAGAUGACCAAACACAAGCCACAGACGAUCAAGAUGAGGACGGGCUAGACAAGACUGUCAACGAGGAAGAAGACGAAACCCCUCCCGAAGACGAAGGUGACUUGGGUCUCGAUGAAGACACCUACUAUGGUUGCGGAGGUUUCUGUAACCCUGAACGCGAGUUUAGGUGGUGGGGAGGUCGCUCGGCCUACCUGUACGUGACCUUUGAGUCAGGUCUCAUCUGCGAGGAAUGUCAGAAUGAAUACGACGCCAUCGAGCUUGGUGAAAAGUCUUUCAAGGGCCGGUACUUUUAUGGCGUUGGUCUGGACAAGAUCAAGCUUCCUAUCGAAGGUUGGCGCGGGGUUAAAGAUGGCAUGAUUAUGUUGGAGGGUGAGGAGUCUGUCGCUGUGGAUGACUUUUUUAAGAAGCUGCAGAAUGAGGUGCUUCCGAAUGCGUGGGAACGUCUUUGGGCUGGUGAGGCAUUUUGA